CCUUGUUGUGGGGGAUUUCAGUGAGGGGAAGUUUAUUGCGGGGACACCGGUUAGUAGGGCCGGUAAGCUUCACGGUAGAGUCCGGGUAUACCCGGAGAUAAGUGCGGAGUGAAGCUGAGGAGGAGGCCGGGGAGCGAGCACCAUGGCGGAGAGUAUGACAAUUCGGAUCCAGUCUCCAGAGGGGGUGAAGCGCAUCAAUGCAAGCAAACGGGAAUCGGCUGCAACGUUUCUUAAAAAGGUAGCGAAAGAGUUUGGCUUUAGAAACAACGGAUUCUCUGUCUAUCUGAACAGGAAUAGGACGGGAGAAAUAUCUGCAACCCAAAACAAGUCUCUAAAUUUACUCAAAAUCAAACAUGGAGACAUGCUGUUCCUUUUUCCAUCCAGCUCUGCUGGCCCUUCAUCGGAGGUGAUGGACACUUCUGGCUUAGCGCAAUCCUCCAGGCCGUCAAGUACGCCCCUAGUGGUGGAAGAUGACAUCGACCAAUUUCUCUACAAGCAAGAUGGAAAGAUCUAUAGAAACAGAGACGCUCAGCUAUGUCGCCACGGUCCACUUGGUAAAUGUGUGCACUGUGUCCCAUUAGAGCCUUUCGAUGAGGAUUAUCUCAACCAUCUGGAACCCCCAGUGAAACACAUGUCCUUCCAUGCCUAUAUCCGCAAGCUGACAGGAGGUGCAGACAAGGGAAAAUUUGUGGCCUUGGAGAAUAUCAGCUGUAAGAUAAAAUCUGGCUGUGAGGGUCACCCACCAUGGCCAGAAGGAAUCUGUACCAAAUGCCAGCCCAGCGCUAUUACACUCAGCCGACAGAAAUACAGACAUGUGGACAACAUUAUGUUUGAAAAUCACACAAUCGCUGACCGCUUUCUGGACUUCUGGCGCAAAACUGGAAACCAGCGCAUAGGCUACUUGUAUGGCCGUUACACUGAACACAAGGACAUCCCGUUAGCCAUUCGGGCCGAGGUGGCCGCCAUCUAUGAACCGCCACAGAUCGGGACACAGAACAGCCUGGAGCUGCUCGACGAUCCAAAAGCCAAAGUGGUGGAUGAGAUUGCAGCCAAGCUUGGAUUAACCAAGGUUGGCUGGAUAUUCACAGACCUGGUUUCAGAAGAUACUAGAAAAGGUACUGUCCGGUACAGUAGGAACAAGGAUUCAUAUUACCUAAGUUCAGAAGAAUGCAUCACGGCUGGUUUCUUCCAAAACCAGCACCCAAACUCAUGCCGACUGUCUCCAGAUGGACACUUUGGCUCCAAGUUCGUGACAGUGAUGGCUACAGGGGGCCCGGAUAACCAAGUGCACUUUGAGGGAUACCAGGUGUCAAAUCAGUGUAUGGCACUAGUACGGGACGAAUGCCUCCUGCCCUGUAGAGAUGCUCCAGAACUGGGCUAUGCCAAAGAGUCAAGCAGUGAGCAGUAUGUUCCUGAUGUAUUUUAUAAGGAUAUUGACAAGUUUGGCAAUGAGAUCACACAGUUGGCGCGGCCUCUACCUGUAGAGUAUUUGAUCAUUGACAUCACCACCACAUUCCCAAAGGAUCCAGUAUAUACAUUCUCCACCUCCUCCAAUCUGUUUCCUAUUGAAAACAGAGAAUCCCUUGGGGAGACCCAGGAUUUCCAUAGCCUGGCAACAUAUCUCUCCCAGAAUCCAUCAUCCAUCUUCCUAGAGAUCAUCUCAGAUUUCCAUCUACUCCUCUUUUUAGUCACAAAUGAAGUGAUGCCUCUACAGGACAGUAUUAGUUUACUAUUGGAUGCCGUCAGAACCAGGAAUGAAGACCUUGCACAGACUUGGAAGAAAUCGGAGCAGUGGGCGACCAUCGAGCAGCUGUGCAGCACAGUUGGGGUACAACCAUCAGAGCUUCAGGAUUACGGGGCAGUCGGAGGAUCCACGCACGCUGCCUCUUCAACAUCAAUGUGGUCAUGUCAGCACUGCACCUUCAUGAACCAGGCCGGGACAGACCAGUGCGAGAUGUGCCGCCUGCCCCGGACCUAGCAGCGGAGCGACAACCAUGGGGCUGGCAAGAAAGCACUUCUAUAGGGAGACGAUCUUAUGCAAGCCUUCACCCUGUUAAAUUGCUGAUUUUGAAGGAGGCUUCUCGAGUGUGUUCAUUCUCCAAAGGGUAGUAUGUAGGGGGGUGCAAAGCUUAAGAGCCCACCGGCCCCGACUGAAGCCCAGCCCAUUCAGUAUGGGAGGGAGGGUGGAUUGAUAACUUCUUGUCUUGCUCCUUGCUUUGCCUACAGGACUGUCUGCUGCCAGUUCUACAGCUUGGGCUGGCGCCGCCGACCUUUCCUGCAUUAUCUUCUUACACAUUCACCGCCUGGCGGUCGUUUCCUGGUUUGAUUUUUUUUCUUUUUCCCGUUGAAGACGUUACUUAUUGGAAAAGCGGCUCUUGCAUCGGUCCCAUUCUUUUGCAUCCUCCGGCGCUGCGUCGCUUUGCUCGUCACUCUGGCAACAUCUGAAUUUACACCAAGCAAACGCCAACAUUGGCGAAUCGAUCUUCAUCCACCGUUACCGUGUUCUGCAAGUAUUACUUUAAACGUUAACAAUCUUAGAUUAAAAGCAAACUUCUGGGUGGACUUCA